AAACCCUCUUCCCCCCUCCCCCUCCCCACGAUGGCCGCCGCCGCCGCCACCCCCAACUCCAUGCUCCUCCACCGCCCGAGCCCGGCGGCACCCAGGGCCCCGGUCGCCGCCCCCUCCGUCCGCGUCCCGCCCCGCGCCGCCCAGAUCCGCUGCGCGGCGGUCGCGGCGCCCUCCGCCCCCGCCCCCCUCGCCGCCGCCGGCGACCGCGGCGUCUACAACUUCGCGGCGGGCCCGGCCACGCUCCCGCUCUCGGUCCUCCAGAGGGCGCAGGCGGAGCUCGUCGACUACCGCGGCUCCGGCAUGAGCAUCAUGGAGAUGAGCCACCGGGGCAAGGAGUUCGACGCGGCCAUCAAGAAGGCCGAGUCCGACCUGCGCGCGCUCCUCGCCGUCCCCGACACCCACGAGGUCCUCUUCCUCCAGGGCGGCGCCACCACCCAGUUCGCCGCCGCGCCGCUCAACCUCUGCGCCUCCCCCUCGGACCCCGCCGACUUCGUCGUCUCGGGCUCCUGGAGCGACAAGGCCUUCAAGGAGGCCAAGAAGUACUCGGCCGCCUCCGUCGCCUGGUCCGGCAAGGCCGGCAAGUACACCUCCCUCCCGGAGGACCUCGGGGCCCUCCCGCAGAACCCGGAGGCCCGCUUCCUCCACAUCUGCUCCAACGAGACCAUCCACGGCGUCGAGUUCAAGGACUACCCCGUGCCGACGAACAAGUCCGGCGUCCUCGUCGCCGACAUGUCCUCCAACUUCUGCUCCAAGCCCGUCGACGUCUCCCGGUUCGGCCUCAUCUACGCGGGGGCGCAGAAGAACGUCGGCCCGUCGGGCGUCACCAUCGCCAUCGUGCGCAAGGACCUCGUCGGCGCCGCGCAGCCCAUCACCCCCGUCAUGCUCGACUACAAGACCCACGCCGACAACGCCUCGCUCUACAACACCCCGCCCUGCUUCGCCAUCUACAUCUGCGGGCUGGUGUUCGAGGACCUGCUCGCCCAGGGCGGCCUCGCCGAGGUGGAGAAGAAGAACCAGCACAAGGCCGGCAUCCUCUACGACACCAUCGACGCCAGCGGUGGCUACUUCAUCUGCCCCGUGGACAAGCCGGUGCGGUCGCUCAUGAACGUGCCAUUCACGCUGGCCAAGGGCGCCGACUUUGAGAAGCAGUUCAUCGCCGAGGCGGCCAAGGAGGGCAUGCUGCAGCUCAAGGGGCACAGGUCGGUCGGCGGCGUGCGCGCCUCCAUCUACAACGCCAUGCCGCUCUCCGGCGUGGAGAAGCUCGUCGCUUUCAUGAAGGACUUCCAAGCAAGGAACCCUUGAUCGGCCAUGAUCCUCUGGUAUUGCUCGCUCUAGUAGGAUGGCUUGUUGUUGGUCAGUAACAUAAGUAGGCUCUGUGCAAGAGCUGCAUCGUCGUCUCCCAUUUGAGGUUUCCUAUCCAUGCGUAGUAUUAGUAUGGUAACUAUAUUUUGCAAUGCUGCUGCAUUUUCCCACGAUUGUGGGACUCUUUUCCAUUGCUCACUUUUGAGAUUGGAACAUGUUGUAUUGGGGAAUAAAGGUUGAUUAAUAGCCAGUUGUCUUCACAUCUUA